UGGAUAUUUAUGGCAAUUUGCAUUUGCUAUUUGAAAUCCCGAUUCCGUCAAUUCUUUGUAUUGCUUCUUCUAUUCUAAUUUUGAUGCUUGCUUUUGCCAAUUUUGUUUGAAUUGAUUAUACUGCAUUCGAUGGGAAGCAACCAUUUGGUUAGAUAUAUUACAUUGUUGAUUGUUAACGAGUCUCUCUGGGUUUGGCUUUUGUGAUCUAUUUUUGUUCUUUUGUUAUCUAUGUAUUACUGUUAACAGUUUCAGCAAUUUGGCUCUUUUUAAUCGGCAGACAUGCAUUUGAUGUAUGUGUAUCAAACAAAAAGAGAAAGAAAAUUGAUUUAUGUGUGUAAAUGGAUUGAGCUUAUAUUGCUACAUCACUCCUAAGGUGUCUCUGUAUUAGCAAAUAAUGCAGUUUUGCGUUUUUCUUUUUGUAUGUUCUGGUGACUGUGUUGCAUUGCUUCUUGUAGCAGUUUGUGUAAAAUUAUAAAUAGUGCUAUCCUGCUUUCCAACUUUGUAGCCUGAACUGAAUUGCAGAUAAGCCCUGUUCUUGUGACUUUUUCAGUUUCAAAAUAUAUUUAAAUGGAAUCAUCUCUUACGAACACAAAAUAUGAAGACAAUGAUGAAAGUAAAUUGAAAGGUUUGUUCGAGGUCUUUGGGUCUUUUCUUUCUCUUGAAGAUAUAGCUUCUGCUUAUUAUAAGGCGGAUCGGAAUGCAGAUUUGGCUGCUGAAUUCUUGUAUGACAUGCAAGAAACCACCUCUAUGUCUUCAUCUGUUGCAUCCAUAGUAGAGGAAAGAGGUGAAGAAUCUUUCAAAUCAUUCUCUGGCCAUAUUUCUGAGAAAUCAUGCCAUAUUAAUGGAAAGUUCAAAGCUCGAAAGCAGAAGCAGCGUCCAGUUUCAGGAGGCACCGUUUCAAGCAUUAUUGGCAAAGAUUAUAUUAAGUCCAUGCCAGUAGCUAAUGGUACUCGUAUGGGAACAAAACCAAUGAAAUUGGAUGUGAAGGAGUUUCCGAUGUCUGAACUAUGGGUGGAGGAAACUAAGCUGAACCCGUCAAAGAAUGAUCAUAUGCAUAAUAAUAUUGAAGGUUUUUUCUUCAGAAUGCUAGGAGAUGGCUUUCAGUUGGAAAGAGAUGUGAUUCAUCAAGUUCUAGUUAGCUAUGGAUAUGACAUGCAAAAGAGCAUGGAGAAACUACUUGAUUUUUCAGGGACGAGUUUGGAUGAAGGGAAUAAAUGCCUUGAUACAUUCACUGCAAAGAUUGUAAACGUUCAUUCAAAUUCUGAAGAACCCUCAUUUGGAAAAAAAUUGCUGCCAGUGGGUUCCCAAAGAGGUGAUGGAAAUGAAAUUUCAUAUAUAAAUGAAGGAGGAUCUGCUGGACAAGAGGAGAGAAGUGAUCUCCAGAAGGAAGUGUUAGCUGCAUUAUUUGACACUGCUGACAGAUCUGAUGGGUUAUCUAGAAAAGCAGCAAGAGCUGCAAGGAGGCCUAGAGUAUUAGGAGAACUGGUGGUUGAAUCUCCAAGAGACUUUACCUUAGAAUGCAAAGCUGAUUCCAUUUGUUCAAAGCAAGAAAAUGACAAAGAUGAAGAGGAAGAGGAUGGUUACCAGCAGCUUCGUAUAGCUGUAAAGGAGUAUCGGGUUACAAUGAAGGAAUAUUAUAAAGCUGCUGUGGAUGCAUUUGCAAAGGGAGAUCAUGAUCAAGCUAACAAACUUAUUGAUAAGGGACAUUUUUUUCAUGAAAAGGCUCGCAAGGCAGAUGAAGAGUCUAGCCAGAAGAUUUUUGAAACCAAAAAUGCAGAUAGACAAGACGAAGUAACACUUGACCUACAUGACCAUGGAGCCAAGGAGGCAAUGCGUCUUUUGAAGUUUCAUCUUUCUUCUCUUUCAGGCAUCUCAUCAAUUAAGUACCUGAAGGUCAUCCUUGAGACAAAUGAAGAAGAUACCUCAAAAGGGGCACGUAGAAGAUUGGUUAUGAAGCUGUUAGAGAAGGAAUCAAUUAAGUGGACAGAAGGACAAAAUUCCGGAACGAUAUUGAUUCGUUUGGAUAACAUCAAUCGAAAAUGUUUGAGUUUUGCUAAAAGAUAGCAUACCAGCUUGGAAUCUUUUUUUUUUUUUCCCCAAAAUGUAUUCAUCUUCAACAGAUUGCGAGCCAUUGAAGGUUGAUUGUGACAAGAAAUGGAAACUAUUGCAGUUUCCGAGAUACAUUUUGCAAAUUAGAGGAGUUUCUUUCUGUCUUUGCAAAUUAGCCUCUUGUGUUGAUUAAAA